AUGACCGAUGACAAAUCAAGCGAAGUGUAUUGGUUGAAAGUCACGAUUGGAGGCACUCUGAUGGACAUUGCAUGUGACACGGGGGCACCGCGCACAUUUGUACCAAAAGCAUUCUACGAGAAGCAUUUAUCACAGUUUCCGCUCGCGAAGUGUAAAAUACCGUACAGUAAUUAUGGUGGAAUAAGAAUCAAUUUAAUUGCGGAAAAUCAUGAUGGUUAUGUUCACUCAAUUGAAUCAAGUGAUACUCAGAACAUUCCAAUAAUUGUUGAUCAAAUUAAAAAUAAAUUUUCGGAUCUUUUUGAAGGCCAAUUAGGCCAAUAUAACGUUUGUGAGGUUCCUUUGCAAAUAGAUAGUAACGCCAAACCGAUAUUUUGUAAACCUAGGUCAGUUCCACUGGCUUGGAAAACUGAAAUAGAACAAAAUCUACGUGAUUUAGUUCAAAAAGACGUUCUUGAACAAGUCGAGACUUCGAAAUGGGGGACACCAUUGGUACCCGUUCCUAAACCAGAUGGCAAAUUGCGUGUUUUUAGUGAUUAUAAAACGACAAUCAACAAGUUUCUUGUUGACGUUAAAUAUCCAUUACCUCUCAUUGAUGAGAUCUUCACGUCGUUGCAAGGUGGAGAAUUAUUUAGUAAAUUAGACAUGUGUGCAGCAUACAAUCAAUUGUGUUUAGAUGAAGAAUCCCAACAGUUGUGCACUUGGAGCACUCACAUUGGUACCUUCAAAAUGAAACGCUUACCUUUCGGCAAGCCAGCUGCUGCAAUUUUUCAAAUGCACAUGGAACAUUUAUUAAGAGGUAUUGAAGGUGAGGUUGUGUAUCAAGAAGAUAUCACAGUUACUGGAAAAACUUUCAAAGACCAUCUACUCAAUUUAAAGUCAGUCUUGAAGAAAAUGUCCGAAACCGGUUUGAGAUUAAAUGAUUUUGCCGGUAAAAUGAAACCAUUGUAUCUUUUGCUUCGAAAGGAUGUUCAAUACAAUUGGGACAAAGACUGUCAAAGAGCAUAUGAUUUGAUAAAGCAAGAAUUUUCUUCUGAGCAGCCGUUAUUAACGAUUUUUGGUGAAAAUCAUGGAUUACCUUUGAUGGCCGCAGCUCGCGUGCAGCGAUGGGCUCUCAUACUGAGUGGUUUUAAUUAUCAAAUCAAAUACGUAAAAGGUGUUGAUAAUGAAGCCGACAAUUGGUCACGCAUACCUCAGUUAUCAUACAUUUAUGAGUGUUAUGAUGCAAAUUACGUAAACAUGAUUGAAAAAGACAAUGCAUUACGAAUCAAUUUUAAAAAUAUUUCUGUCAAAACACGUCGUGAUCCAAUUCUUGGCAAACUGGUGCAAGCCAUUGAGAACGGCAAGGUUGACAAGUUGGAUUCAAACUUUGAAGCGUUCAAAAGCAAAUCGCUCGAACUCACUGUACAAUACGGAUGUGUUAUGUGGGGUUUUCGAACGGUUGUUCCAGUUAAGUUGCGACAAUACAUUCUUAACGAAUUACAUGCGUCACAUAUGGGAGUUGUCAAAACGAAGUCGUUGGCACGAUCCUAUGCAAGUCCACCUAAAGCAGAGCUCAUUCCGUGGAAACCAACAGACUCAGUUUGGAGUCGAAUUCACGUUGACUUUGCUGGACCAAAAUUCAACAAUUAUUUUUUAAUUGUUAUUGAUUCUCACACCAAAUGGGUUGAAGUUUUCAAAACGAAAACAAUCACGUCUGCAUUCACCAUUAGUAAAUUGCGUGAUCUAUUUAGUCGCUAUGGAAUUCCAGACAGGAUUGUGAGCGACAAUGGAACUCAACUCACAUCGUCUGAGUUCAAUGACUUCACUACCCGAAACAACAUUAAACACACUUUCACUUCACCAGGUCAUCCAGCAACGAAUGGCCAAGCUGAAAAUUUUGUGAAAACGUUAAAGAAGAAUUAUAAAGAUCCAAACAAUCCUUCAUGGUCGCAAGCAACAAUAAAACAUAAAGUUGGUCCACGUGCGUAUACUUGUGUCUACACACACAAUAAAAAAGAAAUAAAUCGUCAUUUGGAUCAGAUUCGUGAUCAAACCGUUGAAUUAGAUGACUCCUUGUAUCACGAAGCCAACGCAUCGACUGCAAGUGAACAAAACGCGACUGUGAUCAGUGUUUCGGAUGAAUCAAUGGAAAAUGUAAUGCAAAUACCCUCGUCAUCAGGCAACAAUUUAAGAGCUGAAGAUCCAGACUGGAUUCCAAAUACAAACCGAGCUGAUUCUGAUUCGGCAACUGAUGAAGAGGAAAUGAGCGAUCAAGAUAAUC